GCGCAAUCAGAACCAAAAUCCUUGGUUUCAGUCUCUGAAAUUUAUAAUUCGCAUCAAAGAGAUUUGUUGUGAAUCAAACAAAAAACCAAUUGAGGUAAUAGGAAGAGGAAGAUGCGAGGAGAAUGUGGAAGGAGAUCGGAGAUAGAGAAUCGGGAAAACUACGCCCUAAUUCCUUCAUCACUCGUAUUCGAUCGAAUAGAGUAUCCUCUCUUCAGCUCUCCAAUCACAAAGAGAUUGUCUCUCCUCACCGUGGCGCCAUUAAUUCUCUUCAGGUUGAUUUGACAGAAGGAAGAUACUUGUUAUCUGGAGCAUCAGAUGCAUCACUUGCUGUUUAUGAUAUUCAACGUGCGACAGACUAUGAUGGAGGUGGUCUGAUUGCUAAGCAUAAGCCCAUACUACUUGUUGAUAAGCAGCAUCAAAAUGGGCACAAAUUUGCCAUAUCCACAGCCAUAUGGUAUCCAAUUGAUACGGGUCUUUUUGUCACAGGUUCGUAUGAUCACCACGUCAACGUUUGGGAUACCAAUACCACACAGGUGGUGAUGGAUUUCAAAAUGCCUGGAAAGGUGUAUAGGACAGCGAUGUCUUCAUUAGCCACGUCUCACAUGCUUAUUGCCACUGCAACUGAAGAUGUUCAGGUUCGGCUUUGCGACAUGGCUUCAGGGGCAUUUUCUCACACGUUAUCGGGUCACCGUGAUGGCAUAAUGGCAGUGGAGUGGUCUACUUCUAGUGAGUGGGUCCUGGUGACUGGGGGUUGUGAUGGUGCAAUUCGACUUUGGGACAUUAGACGUGCAGGAUGUUUUUCUGUUUUAGAUCAAUCUCACUCUCAGCUCGGAAGACGCCCGCCUCUACUUGAGCGGUCCACUACUAAGGUUUCAACAUCUAAGUGCUCUUUGCCAGGCCAGACUUCAUCUGCAAAGGCUCGAGCACCACAGAGAAAAGGUUCUUCUGGGAGUGGUUCAAAACACUCUGGUAGCAGUAGGAUUCUCAGGCAUGCCAAGGGUUCUGCUAAGCAGAGGCUCCAUCCAGGGUUGUUGUCUAGUCAGGAUCGUGCCACUGCUCAUUAUGGUGCUGUUAUAGGACUGAAAGCGACUGAAGAUGGCAUGUAUCUUCUAAGUGCAGGGUCUGAUUCAAGGUUAAGAUUGUGGGAUAUACAAUCUGGCUGCAAUACACUUGUGCACUUUGAGAUUGUGCGACUACAAAGUAGCAAGGCAAUACAGUUGGCUGUGACUCAGGAUUCAGCCCUUGUCUUUGUUCCAUGCAUGACAUCUGUAAAAGCAUUUGAUGUGUGGACGGGGAAGGCUAGCAUGACUCUUCACGGACACUAUGAGCAUGUCAAUUGUUGUUGGUAUGGUGCCCAUGAUCAGGAACUAUACACAGGUGGUAAUGACAGACAAAUCCUCAUUUGGUCUCCUCCCAAGCUGAUUUCUGAAGAUGUGGAUGAAGGGGAUAGAAGAACAGGGCAGCCUCUGGCAGUUGACCAGGAUAACUGGAGUGACUGAAUCCAUUAACAGCUAUUGCUGCAUUUCCACUUUCAUGAUCGAAUUAAUCUGUAUGUAUGUAGUUACGUAUUCUACAUUAUGUAUGUUAAAGGUGUUGGGAGUUAUUUGGAUUAGUACUGGUUUUGGGCUUCCUUUAUAUCAUAUGUACAUUUCCAGAUAUUGGGAUUUGUUUUACUGGGCUGUGAUUACCAAUGUAUCAUAUCGGUUGAUGUUCUUUUUAC